UUCAUUUGAUAAUAGUCAGCAGUGGCGACUCGAGCGAAUGAAAUCAUACGGCUGUGGAGGUCCCCCCCAGCAGUCAGAUUGCUUCUUAUUCAGAUGCAGCAGUGAAAAGGUGGACUACUUGAAGGGAGACAGAUUGACGGAGGGAGCUGGGCAGAUAUCCUUCUCACAAGAGUUGCUUUGAGGAAUCUCUCUUCGAUCUCUGUUGAAGUAGUUCAACUACAAAAAAAAGGGAUGGACAACAGGGAGUUUUCUCUGAACUGCUCUUGGGUAGAGAACACAUCUCUCCCUGCCUACUCCACAUCAUCCUCCUCCUCCUUCACUGGGUUGGAUCUCCUAUUUGACCUGAAGCCCCUAUUCAUCCCUCUCUACUCCAUGGUGAUCCUGGUCGCCUGCUCUGGCAACCUCCUGCUGCUCUUCCUCAUCGGCCUCAACAAGAAGAGACACAACACCACCAACUUCCUGAUCGGCAACUUGGCGCUAGUCGAUUUGGUCAUGUGCAUCUUCUGCGUGCCCCUGACGGCCUCCUAUGCCUUCGACAAGCGAGGGUGGCUCUUCGGACGCUUCAUGUGCCACUUUGUCACCUUGAUGCAGUCGGCGACGGUUUUCGCAGCCGUCUUGUCCCUCACAGCCAUUGCAGUGGACCGGUACGUCGUUGUGGCCUAUCCCAUUCGCAGGCGGGUGGGUUGCCAGUUCUGCUGGGGUUUGGUGGCUGUCAUCUGGUUGUGUAGCCUUGCGUUUUCCACUCCCACAGCUCUCCACACUGGCUACCUGGACCUGAGCACCACCGGUCUCCACAUGGUCAUCUGUGAGGAGUUCUGGCAUGGCCAGGAGUGGGGACGCCUUGUCUACUCCUGCUUUGUCCUGCUCUUCUCUUACUUUGUGCCACUCGCCGCUGUAUCUGCAUCCUACCUCGCUAUCUCCUACCACUUGAGACAAAGGAACAUUUCUGGUUUGAUGGCGGCGGGUCCUGUCUCCAAUCAAAUUAACUGGGGGCGAAAGAGAAGAAAGACGUUCUGCCUCCUCCUUGUGUCGGUGCUCUGCUUCGCCUUCUCCUGGCUCCCUCUUCAGGUGGUCAAUCUCAUCCGCGACCUGGAUACUGACUUCACCAUCCUGGGCAAGAGCCACGUCAACGUUAUCCAAGUGUCAUGCCACCUGUUAGCUAUGAGCUCGGCAUGCUACAACCCAUUUAUCUACGCGUCGCUCCACGACAAGUUCCUGUCCUGCCUGUGUCAUCGUGACCUCUUCCCUCGUCACAGAGGAGAGGGGGGUCGAGGACCAAGGGGGAACAGCAGCAGCUUCAUGACAUCCCACCGACUGCACCGUGUGAACACCUUCUCCACCCUGGGCGACAUCCCGGUGGUUCUGGGGAACAAGAUGCCACAGGAGAGCUGGCUGUUGCGGCAGGCACAUAAGUCCUCAACCACUACAAUAAUUGACCAUAAUUACAUGUAGUUGGAGUUUGAAUGAGGAAGCACCUUAUGGCGCAUGGGCCAGAGCACUGAAAGCGAAGGAUGUAUCUGAAAUAUCAAUUUCCUCCCCUUUGACCUCAUCCUCUAAUUCAUUCUGAGAAGGACGUCAGGAGAGAGUAAUCAAGAAAGUACUAUUGAGAUAGAGUCCCUAUCGCUGAGAAGUCAACCAACAAAACAUUUGUAAAUCAGGUGGGAUGAGGUUGGCACCAAUGUAGCUGACAGCUGCACCUGAACGAGCACGGAUCCAUGACAAAACAAUAUAUUUCUGAGCUUAGUCACUGUAGUCAUUGGUAGAAGAUAACUGCCAAAAUAAAGGAAACACCAACAUAAAGUGUCUUAAUAGGGCGUUGGGCCACCACCAGCCAGAACAGCUUCAAUGCACCUUGGCAUAGAUUCUACAAGUGUCUGGAACUGUAUUGGAGCGAUGCGACACCAUUUUUCCAUAAGAAAUUACAUAAUUUAGUGUUUUGUUGAUGAUGGUGGAAAGCACUGUCUGUCUCAGGCGCCGCUCCAGAAUCUCCCAUAAGUGUUCAAUUGGGUUGAAAUAUGGUGAUUGAGACGGCCAUGGAAUAUGGUUUACAUAAUUUCAUGCUCAUCAAACCAUUCAGUGACUACUAAUGCCCUGUGGGUGGGGGCAUUGUCAUCCUAAAGGGGGCUAGCAAAAAUAAUGGCCUGCCCAGCAUUUUUUAUACAUGACACUAAGCAUGAUGGGAUGUUAAUCGCUUAAUUAACUUAAUUAAGCACCUGCUUUCAAUAUACUUUGUAUCCUUCAUUUACUCAAGUGUUUCCAUUAUUUUGUCAGUUACCUGUAUAUCUAUGAAAAUACAAUUUUUGCAGAAAUAUUUUUAAACAGUUUUGUUGGCCACACAAAACUAUCAUACUAUGAAGCAGAUCAAAAUGUGGUCAUUAUCUCACAUAAUAAACAGGGUAGUUUGGGGCCUGAAUGCUAAUUGGCUGAAACAGCAUUCCAGCGGUGUGUAAAUCAGACAAUAUACCACAGGUAUGACACAAUUUCUUUUUUACUGUUACUGUAUAUUUAUGUUGGUAACGGGCUUAUAAUAGCAAUAAGGCACCUUGGGGGUUUGUGGUAUAUGGCCAAUAUACCACGGCUAAGGGCUGUAUCCAGGCACUCCGCAUUACGUCAUGCGAAAGAACAGUCCUUAGGCUGAGUAUAUUUAAGCAAUAUGGCACGAGGGGGUGUGGUAUAUGGCCAAUAUACCAUGACUAAGGGCUGUUCUUAG